UGUAUUCCACUGGAAUAAAAAUUUAAUUUCUGUCUUUAUCAAAUCUCUAUUUCAGAGUAUUUGUACGUAUGUACUUAUCGUCUGCUGUAUGAUCGAAUAUCGAAUAGGCGCUUGGCCAUGGAUCGUUGCAUUAGGUUUUCGUAAUCCCCGAAACCCAGACAAACCACUAUGGAAGUGCGGAGGUUCCCUGAUAUCGGCUAGGCAUGUUUUGACCGCAGCACAUUGUGCACAUAUGGAUGGAAUAGAAAACAUACACAAUCAUAAUAUUGCCAUUCUUAGAUUGGUGGAGGAGGUGCCAUUUUCGAGGUACGUAUAUCCCAUUUGUACGAAAGAGCUCCUGCGAAAGAGCAACUUCGUCGGCUAUAACCCCCUUGUUGCUGGAUGGGGAGCAUUAAGAUAUAGACGACCACGACGUAAUGCAUUAAUGGAAGUACAAAUGCCAGUGAUUAAGAACGCCGAAUGCAAAAUAGCUUAUUCCAAAUUUCCUAAUGCACCUGAUGUCACUGAUGGUAUAAUAUGCGCAGAACGUGCUCAGGGUGGAAAGGAUUCUUGUACGGCUGACCGCGGCGGACCACUGCUGAUACAACAUGAAUUAACCUCGUAUUUAAUAGAUUAUAGAUUCCUAUACGACUCUCAGUAAAAAUUUAUCCGCACUCCAGAUAGUUAAAACUUCUGUCGACCGUAUUGAUCCAUCUGCACUCUUCGUAUGACGUCAAUAUCUGUUCAGUGCUGCUGCGCAGGUUUCUUUGUGUUACGUCAAUUCGUUUGUGACCGUUGCGCGAGUAAUGGCGCUUUGCAAUGGUGAUUUGCAGGAAAACAGUGCAGAAUGCUGUGAUUCGUUUCUUGUGGUCGGAGGUUAUGUUUGAUGCCUAUAUUUAUCAAAGAUUUAAUGCACAUUAUGGAGAAAGUGUUUUGUCACGAAGUGUGUUUGAAUGGGCACAAAGGUUCAAAGAAGAUCGCACAAGUGUUAUGAAAAAACAGGUGGACGCCCGUCCACAUCCACGUUGACAACAUUGAACGUGUUCAUGAACUUAUGCUCUAUGGAAUAGACGAGUGACACUGGAUAAUGUGGCAAAUCAUUUGCAAAUCAGCCACGGCUCUGCUUAUGCAAUAGUGCACGACAGAUUUGGGUUUUAAAAAGUUUGUGCGAGAUGGAUGCCGAAAAAGCUGAUGAAAAGGUGAAGACGACGAUGCAUUCGUGGUUCGCAGCUCAGCCCAAAACAUUUUUUAAUGAGAAAAUACGAAGGUCCUUCGGCAAAUGGACAAAGUGUAUACAGAAAUCGAGUGAUUAUGUCAAAAAAUGAUGUAUGUCUUUUUUGACAAUUGCUUAAAACAAAUUCUACACCGACAGAGCGGGCUGUUAAUCUAGAGGCUGGAGUACAAAGAAGUGGCACAAUGAUGUGGGCUGAUGACAUUUAUAAUUAUCAAGGAAUCACCCCUACAUUCGCUCAGAAUUUUAAUGAAACUGUCCCUUGGGAAGGAAGAACUGAUACCUUGAUAUCACGGUUUGUACAUCCUAUAUAUACGACAAAUUUUAGAACAUUAUAUAACGAAGAACCAGAUCGUCGUGGCCAUGUGAUGUGAAUAAAAGGACUUGAAUUUGAUGAUAUUUUUAUAAUGUUAGAUAACAUAACUAAGUAUCUUCACAGUAAGAUAGGAUGACAUGGUUUACAUGAUCUUAAUGUUGUUCACUUGAGUGAUGAUAUUAUAAGGAAAAGUGUAAUAUCACAGGAUAUUUAUGUUUAGUAACCAGUAAUUCAGAGAUUGGUAUUCAUGGUUACUAUAACGAGGCUGUAGAAACGCACCCUUUCUUCUUUGCAAAUGGUCCUGUAUUUAUGUCUAAGCCGAAACUGGAACCUCUGAAUAAUUUAGAUUUAUUCUUGUUAUUUUCUAAAAUACUUAUCUACAGUAUACCAUAAGGAAUGAUACCGUAUCGCACCUAAUCAAGUGCCUUAAGAAACAUCAACAGGAUAUCACAGUAAUCCCGUAUCGACUGAUAUUUGUAGCCACUACAAUAUCUAUGACACUGGUAGUAAUUAUGAGAACAAUAAUGAUGUGUUCUAUAAGAGGAAAUGAUGAUUAGGAACAAAAACUUACAGGUAAGUCAAAGUAUAUGUUAUUUGCCAUUUGAAAAGAAAGUUACUAACUUGGAAUUUUUUGAUAAAUAAUAAUUGUAUCAUACGUACUUUUGAAUUCGUGCAAGAACAUAUGUAAUUUUGAAGUAGUUAUUAUUAGGAAAUUGUUAGACGCGAACAGUAUGCGAAAAGUUAGUAUGCAGUGUAAUAAUUAUCAAUCAAAACACAAGAAUUAAAUUCUUGAGGAAAAAAUUUCCGGAAUUUCUUAUUUACAUGAUUAUAAAGAAAUCCAUAAUAAAAAGGAGCUGCUUUCUAAUACUUCUCUUCCUUGUAAUGCCUGCGUUAAUAAUAACGAGGUUCGACUUUUUGUUUUUAGAGGGAUACUGGAAAAUUUGAAAGUACAGUACCAUUGGGAAGAAAAUCACGAUAUUGAAAACGAUAUUUGCAAGUAAAUUUCCAAAAAAUCUGUUUUCAAAUUUUCGCUUUCUAUUUCACAUUAAAAGAAAGGGAGGGCUGCCUUCUUUUUCUGCAAGACAAAACAAACAUUCUGAAUCUCGUAUCAAUGAAUGAUGUCAAUAAGUUAUUUUUCUUUUCAGAUUGAACAAUAUUCCAGAUUUAUUCAUAAUUUCAUACUACGCGAAGAAUAGACUUUUCAUAGGUAUAUAAAGGAAAUAUUAAGUAUAGGAAAACUCUUUUUCGUUGUAGGUGACAUAUGCUUCACGGUUGAACACAUGUAUUUUUGAACACAUAUAAAUGAAAAAGUACUCUUAUGGAGAAAAAGAAUUGAUACCUUCGAUUGACAUUAGAUAAUGUAUAUAAACUUAUGAACAAUCACUAUCAGUUUGUAUCUUAGGUGCACACGCAGAUUUGUUGGAGUUCUUAUAAAAUGUACUUCCUGUACGAACGUUUUAUUCUUCCAAAUUUUACGAUACUAUGUCUCAUAUAAUAACUAUAUGGAUUAAACGUAAUAUAAAUGAUCCGAAAAUAGACUCGAACGACAUUAAUUGUCUUUCUAUUUAUACCAAUAUCGAAAAUACAAGUAAAGCUGGAGCAAUAGUAUGCAAGAAUGGACUAUUUAUUAUUUUAAACCAAAUCAUAGCAUAUUCAGAAUGCACAGUAUUAUCAUGAAAUGUAAAUGAAUCAGUUGUAAACGAACGAUUUUACUGUAAAAUCGUUGCCUCCUUUUUUUCAUCUGAAAUAUAGCAGCAAUGAGUACAUUCUUUUAAUAUAUAAUAAAACGAGAUAUCUUUAUAAAGUUACAUAUGUCAUCACUGGUAACUGUUAUCUCGUAUGACACCAAAUAUACCGUUAGUAUGGAAUGAUAUUUUUAUGAAGAUAUACUUUAAUGAUAGAUUUUAUGAAUGAAACGUUAUAUAAGAAAAAUUAUCUCUUGUUAUUCUAUGAAGUGUAGUAGCUAAUGAAGAUUAAUUUUACGAAGUAUUAGAGCAAAAGAGAAUUAAAAAAUUAAAAAGAUCUAAAUAAGA